UUCGUGGCCGAGAGGCUCGGGCGCCGGUUCCUUGCUCUGCUGAGCUUGGGUCUCUGCUCCAUCAUCUUCUACCUGCUAACAGGUCUGACAGCCAAGUUCGGGAAUUUGCACAACCUGGCCGGCACUUGCGGCACCGUUGCCUGUAUCUUCCUCUUCCCGGGCGCGUACUCCUUUGUCAUCACUCCUCUCAUAGCCAUGUAUGUACCAGAAGUUCUGCCGUACAACAUACGCGCCAACGGGAUUGCAAUG